UGUGCGUGUGUGGAUGUUAUGUGCGACGGAGGGUGGGCGUGGCCGAGCCGAGUGAAGGCGGCUGGAGGGAGAGGGUGGGCGUGGCCAAGGCGCGCGAGCGAGAGGGGGGGCGGAGCCCGAGGCGCUCGCGCGGAGGGAGGGGGCGCCGCCGCCGCCGUCGUCGCUGCCGCCGCUUCCGCCGCCAUUUUGGAUCCGCUGCCGCCUUCAGCGCAACGCCGAGGGGAGGGCGCCCGCCGCGCCUUCCCGUUCACCCCCCACCUCACGCGCGCACACACCCUUCCCCGGCUCGCCGCCCCCCACAGCCGAACAGCGCCUUGGCCUUGCCCGCCCGCCCAUCCGUCAAGCAGGGCGGGUGGCCGGGCCUUGGAAGGAUGAGGCGCCGCGGAGGAGCCCGGGCCGGGCCUCGUUGUGAUACGUGAGAAGAUGCUGCUGGCUGCAAGAUUCUAGGGAGACUUUUUUUAAAAACUGUGGACCACAUUCCUGCUGUGUUUUGAAAUUUUGCGACAGCACGUACUGUGAUGGACCUUCAGAAUACUGCUAUGUUAGGGCUGGGAUCUGGUUCUGAAGGGUUUUCUGGGAAAAGCCCCUCUGCAGUUGCCACGGGUGCGACGGGAGGCAGAAAAGAGUCGGAGCUAGAUGGUACCACUAAGGAGGAGGAAGAGAAGAAGAGGUGCCACGAGGAGAGCAACGGCGAGAUCGGCAAGGAUGAGAGUCUCUCUGACUCCCAGCAGCAGUUCUCCGUGAAGGAAACAAACUUUUCAGAGGGAAAUUUAAAACUGAAAAUUGGUCUGCAGGCUAAGAGGACUAAAAAACCCCCUAAGAAUCUUGAAAAUUAUGUCUGCCGGCCUGCCAUAAAAACCACUAUAAAGCAGCCCAGGAGGGUGCAGAAACCUGGGAAGAUGACAGAGGAGAAGAAGGACUCCGGCCCUGCAAAGCAAGACUCAACUAAACUGUACAAGAAAGGUGGCGAAACCACAGCGGUUGAAUGCUCCACAGCUGAGGGAAGGCCCAGGGAAAGCAGCCCACUUUCGAAGAAACCUUCACCGCCGUUGCAAUCUGAAGCGACCGAUUACGGGAAGCCAUCCCUUUCCACUCCAGCUGGUAGCCGUGAUCCAGACUCGAAGGACAGAGCUCAGAUUAACGGAGCCACCACCGUCACAGAAAAACUGGCUCAGCUUAUUGCAACUUGCCCCCCAUUAAAGUCUUCCAAAACGAAGCAGAAGAAGCCAGCCAUGGGGGUCGCGUCCGAAUUUGCUAAAGACUCUGGAAAGAAGCUCCCGCCAACCGGGACCCUGACCAUGACAGCUAGCAAAGACUUUGUAAAGAAAUUACCAGGCGGCGGCGGCAGCAGUAUGGGCGCUGCAUUGGGUAACAAGGAUUUUACGAAGAAGGCACCGGGGACUAGCAGUGGAGCUGGGUUGACCAGCAAAGAUUCUGGGGCUAAAAAGCAGCCAGGGACGUGCCCAAGUGCAGCCGGGUUAGUUAGUAAGGACUGUGGGAAGAAGCCGCCAGUUUUUUCUUCUCCGCUAGGAUUGGUCAGCAAGGAAAGUGGAAGGAAACCACUUGUGACUGGUGUACCAAUUGGGCUAGUGACUAAGGAGUCUGGGAAAAGAUUUCUGGGGUCUAACAGUCCAAUCGGAUUAGUUAAUAAGGAGAUCAGCAAAAAACUGCUAGGGGCUGCCAGUCCUCCUGGGCUGGUUAACAAGGACUUGGGGAAAAAAUUGCCAGUGUCUGGCAGUCCAGUUGGAUUGGUUCAUAAGGAUACUGGGAAGAAAUAUCCAGGUUCAGAUAGUCCGAUUGGGCUAGUCAGUAAGGACUUGGGAAAGAAACUGCCCCUGACCAGUAGUCCCAGUGGGAAGCUGCCUGUGAUCAGUAGUCCUAGUGGUUUGGCUAAUAAAGACUCUGGGAAGAAGCUCUUGGGGGUGACUGGUCCAAUUGGUUUGGUUACUAAAGAAUCAGCAAAGAAGGUCCUGGGUGCUGGCGUUCCACCCAGUUUAGCCGUUAAGGACUCUGGAAAGAAAAUGGCCGGGGCCAGCAGCCCACCCGGGUUGACUAACAAGGACUCGGGGGCCCUGAGAGCAGACACUGGUAACGUUUCCUCGGAGCCUUUCAAGCGCUUUUGUAGUGGAAGCGUCAUCAACCUGGAUGGUCCCGAACCCACAGCCCCACUGAAGGACAGCGGGUGCAUUAAAACAUUUGAGAAGCAUGUCCUGAGGCAGGGCAAAGAGAGCAUCCCAGAAAAGUUGGCGGCUCAAAGGGAUGUCUCGGGUGGAGGCAAAGAAGGGGCAUGUGUACAGCAGGAAGCCCCCUCGCCCGUCGAAAAGGGGGCUUCCGACUCAACAAAGCACGAGAAGCAGCUGCCGGUGUAUUGUACUUCCCCGGACUUCAGGACAGCCGGCGGCGCUUCUGACCUGUCUACGGCAAAAUCACCUUUUAGUGCUGUUGGAGAGGGGAACCUCCCAUCUCCCUCCCCAGCAGCCUCUGUCACUGCUUUAACCCGGAGCCCCACAUCAACCUUGGCUCAGCUGGCUUCCAACCCGACAUAUUUAAACAACCCGCCAGAGCUCUUGGAACGCAUUUCCGAGCCGAUCAGCAAGACCCCGUUUGCCACUGACUGCGCACGUUCCGCGACGAGCAGGCUGUCGAAUCCCGGCUCGCACACGACUGGCAAAGGGAUCGCUCGGGAAUUAAACGAUUCCAAAGCAGCCCACCCAGAUCCCCCGAAGCCUACCCCCGCCGUAGGUAAAAAGCUCAGCUCAGCAAUCAGCUCAAACGUCCGUGCCACUGUCGCCCCUUCGGUGGUCAGCUUCUCCAGCUUGUUCAACAAUAAACCCAUUCUUAAGAUUGGUGCCAUGACUGCAUCGGGGAAACCCUGCCAAGGAGCCGACUCGCUGAGCAGCAGUGGCGACCUACAAACAAAGCCCUUGAAGAAAAGGAAAGGACGGAAGCCACGUUGGACCAAGGUGGUCUCUACAGGAAGCGCCACCCGAGGAACUUCCGAGGGCGCUAGAACUGGGACCUGACCUGACCUUUUUUAAAGAAACCUUCCUCUCUCUUCAUUGUCGAACAGUAGCCUGGACCAAGGUAGGCUCUUUAAAAGCUCAGACCCCCCUUCCUUCGCAGAGCACGAGUUUGUCAAGCAUCAGUUGCCGAAGCUGAACAAAUCCGGUAGCAUGCCUUCUCUUGCGCUGCUCCACAACGUCGACAAGGAAUCCGGCACAUUUUACAGUCCUCAUAUGCAGGCUUCCAGCAGGUGCGUUUCGGACGAGUUGUUGCCCAAGAUGUUCAAGUCGAAAAGGGGCAGGUCGAAGCCCAAAGAGAUGCCCCAUUUGGAGGGCCCUCCCAAACGUACGCUGAAGAUCCCCGCCUCGAAGGUCUUUUCGGUGCAGUCCAAGGAAGAACAGGAGCCCCCAGUGUUGCAUCCGGAGGUUGAAAUCCCUUCUCUUCGGCAGAGCCUUGCAGAGCACGCUUUUCCAAAGAAGAGAGGCCGGCCGAAGAGACUGAUCAGGUCCGGGCUCACAAUGAAGCCCCCCGUUCUGUCGGUAGCUCCUUUCGUCACUACGGACAAUUCUGAGAUGCUGGAACCCGAAAGCGACCAGCAACAGAGCAAGGAUUUCUUUGAAAAGACGGAUCAGUUUGGAGGCCAGGAGGAACUUGGGAAAACGAACGCCGGCGACGCUUCCGACCUUGAGGUAGAACCGGACAGGAAGGAAACCAAGCGAAACAACGGGCAGCUGAUGAAGACCAUCAUCAGGAAGAUCAACAAGAUGAAGACAAUAAAGCGGAAGAAGCUCCUGAAUCAAAUCCUCUUGUCUUCUGCGGCGGAACCAAACAAAGGGAAAGUGCAAUCCAAGCUCCACACGACCGUGUCAACCCUCGCCGCCACGUUCAGCUCGAAACUGGGCCAGCAGAUCAAUGUCAGCAAGAAAGGAACAAUCUACAUAGGAAAAAGGCGAGGCAGGAAGCCCAAAGCUGUCCUGAACGGCAUCUUGGGCAAUUCUGCCAGCUUGACCAUUCUUGAGAAGUCUGCCCAACAAGCAGGAGGGACUGCGCUAGGCCAGGGGGUCCCCCCUUUGCUGACUUCGGCUGCUAAUAACUCUGAGAUCCUUUCGUUGCCUGUUUGCUCGCAGUCCUCCGGGGUAAGUGGGGGACAGAGCCCCGUCAGCAGUGACAUGGGCUUCGUGGAGCCCAACUCCAUCCCGUAUUUGCAUCUCCACUCCAGGCAGGGGAGCGUGGCUCAGACCCUAGCAAUGAGAAAGGCCUCCAAGGCGAGGAGGAGGCUGUCCCCGCCCACUCUGCUCCCAAACUCCCCGUCCCACAUGAGCGAGCUGAGCUCACUGAAAGAAGCAACCCCCUCCCCGAUCAGUGAGUCCCACAGCGACGAGACGAUUCCCAGCGACAGUGGGAUCGGGACCGACAACAACAGCACUUCCGACCGGGCCGAGAAGUUCUGCGGCCCAAAGAAACGACGGCACUCCUUCGACCAUGUCUCGCUUGUCCCGCCCGAGACCUCCACGGUCCUGAGCGGCCUCAAGGAGAAACACAAGCACAAGUGCAAGCGCCGGAGCCACGACUACCUGGCCUACGACAAGAUGAAGAGGCAGAAGCGGAAGAGAAAGAAGAAGUACCCGCAGCUGCGCAGCAGGCAGGACCCCGAUUUCCUCGCCGAGCUGGAGGAGCUGAUCAGCCGGCUGAGCGAGUUCCGGAUCACGCACCGCAGCCACCAUUUCAUCCCCCGGGACCUGCUUCCGACCAUUUUCCGGAUCAAUUUCAACAGCUUCUACACCCACCCCACUUUUCCCUUGGAUCCUUUGCACUACAUCCGGAAGCCCGACUUGAAGAAGAAGCGGGGCCGGCCCCCCAAAAUGAGGGAGGCGAUGGCAGAAAUGCCUUUCAUGCAUAGCCUCAGUUUCCCCUUGUCCGGUACUGGAUUCUACCCUUCCUACGGUAUGCCUUACUCCCCUUCUCCCCUCACUGCCGCUCCCAUUGGCCUGGGCUAUUAUGGGCGGUACCCCCCAACCCUUUACCCCCCUCCGCCUUCCCCUUCGUUUACAACCCCUUUGCCCCCUCCUUCUUACAUGCACACCGGCCACUUGCUCCUCAACCCGGCCAAGUACCACAAGAAGAAACAUAAGCUACUCCGCCAGGAAGCGUUCCUCACCGCCAGCCGAGCGCCUCUCCUGUCCAUGAGCACCUACCACCCCAGCGUCCCGCCAGAGAUGGCCUACGGCUGGAUGCUGGAACACAAGCACCGCCACCGCCACAAGCAUCGCGAGCACCGCUCCUCGGAGCAGCCACAGGUCUCCAUGGAGGCCUUGGCAGCCAACGGCUCCUCCCGCACCGUCCUGGAGUCCCUGAAGCGCUACCGGUUUGGGAAGGAGGCGGUGGGCGAGAGGUACAAGCAUAAAGAGAAGCACCGGUGCCACAUGGCUUGCCCGCACCUGUCCCCUUCGAAAGGCCUGCUCGGCCGGGAGGAGCAGUGGGUCAGGAGGGAGCCGGCGGAGUCCAACUCGCUCUCGCUGGGGUUGCAGACGCCACUGCAGAUCGACUGCUUGGACGCCCCACCCAGCCUGCCUUUAGGACGGUUCACCCCGAGUUCGGAGCCCGCCAGCAGCGACGAGCACACAAACCUUUUCACCAGUGCGAUGGGCAGCUGCCGAAGCACUGGCUCUUCUGGGAGCAGCGGGCGUAAGAAACUGUCCGACAGCUCGGGGCUGUUCAGCCCCCAGGAAGCACCGCUCAGCCGACUCCUGAGGAAGGAGACGUUGCCCCCCAUGGAGAAGGCGCUGACCAUCUUAUCAGGCACCCUUCCGUCACAGGACAAGCCCUCGCAGAAGCAAGCGGAGGCCACCAGCUGCAGCCCUUCCCGAAAGAGGUCCUCAUCAGAAAGCACAUCUUCUACAGUCGUUGGCACACCUGCACGGAAUACAAGGCUAGGAAAUGGCAUGGAAGAUUCUGUGGAUAAUAUAUUACAGCACAUGGCCCAGCAGGAAACUGCUCUGGACAAAACCCUCGAAGCCGUCAUGGCGAACGUGCCUGCUCCCCCUUGCGGGAGCCCCAGCCGAAGCCCCAGCAGGGAGAAGAGCAAUGGCCUCUCGGGCCCAGGCAUCCUGGGUGACACGGGCAACGAAAGCCACGCUCUCCUUUCUAGCUUGUCAGGCGGCUGCUCCCCGCAUCACCUCAAGAGGAGCAUGGUGGAAGCCAUGCAACGCCAGGCGAGGAAAAUGUGCAAUUACGACAAGAUCUUAGCCACCAAGAAGAACCUGGACCACGUGAACAAGAUCCUCAAAGCCAAGAAACUCCAGAGGCAGUCGCGGACCGGCAACAACUUCGUGAAGCGCAGGCCGGGCAGGCCCAGGAAGUACCCCUUGCAGUCGGUGGUCUCGGUGCACUCUCUCCAAGUGAGUCGGUUUGUGGGCCCAGACCUCGACAACGGGGACAGAGAUUGCCUGCUGCACCGUGGCCCCGACACGGUGACGGACGCCAUAGAAUCGGUGGUUCAGGGGGUGAAUGUGAAAGGGUGGAAGAGGAAGAGGUGGCUUGAGGAGGAGGAGCAAGCUCGGAAGAGGCAGAAGCCUCUGCCAGAAGAUGAGCGGGAGAGCGGCAAGAGCUUCCCUGAGGCCGCAGUUGAGUGCCCUACUCCCGAGGAAGCGAUGGCAAAGCCGCGCGAGUCAGAGAGGGUGGAGCCGCCUCCAACUGCCUUCGUCCAGCGUGAGAAGAAAGCUCCUCGUCCCCCAAAGAAGAAGUACCAGAAGGCCGGGCUGUACUCGGAUGUGUACAAAACCACUGACCCCAAAAGCCGCCUAAUUCAGUUGAAAAAGGAGAAGCUGGAGUAUACGCCUGGAGAGCACGAAUAUGGGUUGUUCCCAGCCCCCAUUCAUGUCGGAAAAUAUCUGCGACAAAAACGAAUCGACUUCCAGCUGCCUUACGACAUUCUGUGGCAAUGGAAACACAAUCAGUUGUAUAAAAAGCCAGACGUCCCGCUAUACAAGAAAAUCCGUUCUAAUGUUUAUGUGGACGUCAAACCUCUCUCUGGUUACGAGGCCACAACUUGCAACUGCAAGAGACUCGACGAUGGGAACAGGAAGGGCUGUACGGACGACUGUUUGAACAGGAUGAUCUUUGCCGAGUGCUCCCCCAAUACCUGCCCCUGUGGGGAACAGUGCUGCAACCAGCGGAUCCAGAGGCACGAAUGGGUGCAGUGUUUGGAGCGCUUCCGGGCCGAGGAGAAGGGAUGGGGCAUCCGCACAAAAGAACCCCUCAAAGCCGGGCAGUUCAUCAUCGAGUACUUGGGAGAAGUGGUCAGUGAGCAGGAGUUCAGGAACCGGAUGAUCGAGCAAUACCACAACCACAGCGACCACUACUGCCUCAACCUCGAUAGCGGGAUGGUGAUCGACAGCUAUCGCAUGGGCAACGAGGCACGCUUCAUCAAUCACAGCUGCAAUCCAAACUGCGAGAUGCAGAAAUGGUCUGUCAAUGGUGUCUACCGGAUUGGGCUGUACGCGCUGAAGGACAUGCCUGCUGGCACCGAACUAACAUACGACUACAACUUUCACUCCUUCAACGUGGAAAAGCAGCAACUCUGCAAGUGCGGCUUUGAGAAGUGCAGAGGCAUCAUCGGUGGGAGGAGCCAGCGAGUGAACGGCCUCCUGAGCAAAUCCAGCCAGCCAGUCAGUGCCCAGAGAAGGCCCAGCCGGUCCAAAGAGAAGCGGAAAUCAAAGCACAAGUUGAAGAAGAGGAAGGGUCACAUGCACGAGGAGCCCAGCGAAAGUUCAAGCGCCCCAAUGCGGUUGAGUCCACAGCUGCAAAUGAAGCCGAUGUCCAACAGGGAGAGGAAUUUUGUGUUGAAGCAUCACGUUUUUCUGGUGCGCAAUUGGGAGAAGAUCCGGCAGAAGCAAGAGGAAGUCAAACACGCCAGUGACAACCUUCACUCUGCCUCAUUAUACACACGCUGGAAUGGGAUGUGUCGGGACGACGGCAACAUAAAAUCUGACGUCUUCAUGACUCAGUUCUCCGCCCUGCAGACCUCCCGCUCUGUGCGGACGCGGCGGCUGGCUGCAGCCGAGGAGAACCUGGAGGUGGCACGAGCCGCCCGCCUGGCGCAAAUUUUCAAAGAGAUCUGCGACGGCAUCAUCUCGUACAAAGAUUCUUCCCAGCAGACCCUUGCCGCUCCACUGCUGAAUCUUCCCCCAAAGAAAAAGAAUGCAGAUUACUACGAGAAGAUCUCCGACCCCCUCGACCUCACCACUAUUGAGAAGCAGAUCCUGACAGGCUAUUACAAAACGGUAGAAGCUUUCGACGGUGAUAUGCUGAAGGUCUUCCGCAAUGCCGAGAAAUACUACGGCAGGAAAUCUCCCAUUGGGCGGGACGUCUGCCGGCUUCGGAAGGCGUACUACAACGCCCGCCACGAGGCGGCUGCUCAGAUCGACGAGAUCGUGGGGGAGACAGCGAGCGAGGCGGACAGCAGUGAGACCUCCAUGUGCGAGAAGGAGAGCGGGCAUGAGAAAGACGAGGACAUCAUCCGGUGCAUCUGCGGCCUGUACAAAGACGAAGGGCUCAUGAUCCAGUGCGACAAGUGCAUGGUUUGGCAGCACUGCGACUGCAUGGGACUGAAUUCUGAUGUCGAGCACUACUUGUGCGAGCAGUGUGAACCUCGCACAGUGGACAGGGAGGUACCUAUGAUUCCCCGGCCUCAUUAUGCCCAGCCCGGUUGUGUUUAUUACAUCUGUCUUUUACGGGAUGACCUCUUGCUUCGCCAAGGAGACUGUGUGUACCUGAUGAGAGACAGCCGGAGGACCCCGGACGGCCAUCCAGUUCGGCAGUCAUACCGUCUGCUGUCCCACAUCAACCGAGAUAGGCUCGACAUCUUCCGCAUCGAAAAGCUCUGGAAAAAUGAGAAAGAGGAGCGGUUUGCAUUCGGCCACCACUAUUUCCGUCCGCACGAAACGCACCACUCCCCCUCCCGCAAGUUCUACUACAACGAGCUGUUCCGGGUGCCGCUGUACGAGAUCAUCCCCUUGGAGGCGGUGGUGGGGACCUGCUGCGUCCUGGAUCUCUACACCUACUGCAAAGGACGGCCAAAGGGGGCAAAGGAGCAGGAUGUGUAUAUCUGCGAUUACCGCCUCGACAAAUCGGCCCACCUCUUCUACAAGAUCCACCGCAACCGCUAUCCUGUGUGCACCAAGACCUACGCCUUCGACCACUUUCCCAAAAGGCUCACACCGAAGAGAGACUUCUCGCCUCACUACGUACCAGACAACUACAAGAGAAAUGGAGGCAGGUCAUCUUGGAAAUCUGACCGAUCCAAGUCCCAGAAUAAAGACCUAAGCCAAGAGGAGGAUCCCCUUCCCCUCAUGGAGGACGUGAUCCCGAGCCAGGAGCCGGUGCCGAGUGAGCCAGCACCCAGCCUGGAGGACCCAGAGAAGGAGGCGCCCCCUCAGGAAAGCGGCAAGACAGACAAGAAGGCAGAGGAGAGCAGCCCCGUCCCCCGGCGGCCGUGCACUCCGGAGGAACGCCGGCACAUGCAGCGAGAGAGGCUGAACCAAAUCCUCCUCACCCUCCUAGAGAAAAUCCCAGGGAAGAAUGCCAUUGACGUCACCUACCUGCUGGAGGAAGGCUCAGGGCGGAAGCUGCGGCGGCGCACGCUGGGCCUUUCGGAGAGCUUCUUCAGGAAGUGAAGCCGUGUCCCGGAGAGAGGCUGUGGCUUAGAGAUGCGCUGUCAGAUGUGCAUGAGAAGGACAGAGGGGCAUGGUUGGACCACUUACCUGCGCCUCAUAGGGCGCGUUGAGUAGGAGGGGCCCAGGAGGGGAGAAGGUAACUGACAAAUGGUUCUGUAGCACUUAGACGAUGCAAACGGGCAGGCGGGCCCCCCCGCCCCGCCUAGUAGGGCUCUUAUGAUGUGUGUGGUGUUGGGCGUGCCUUGUUGUCAAUGUUAAGGUACUAAGGAAAACCUUGUGGUUAUUUGUCCGAGACGGUCAGAUUUUUUAAUUUAUUUUUCGGCUCCGACAUCCUUGCUCAGAGGAAGGAAAAGGGGGUGUACUGAUUUGGGGGGGGCGGCGGCGUGGAGGCUGACAGGUUCAGAACUGCUCUUCUUCAGUAGGAAUCCCUCCCGGUACACGUUAUUCGUUCCGCCUCCAGCUGCGUGCCACGAGGGAGCGCGGCACCGGAUGUGGGGAGGCGUCCGGGCCUGGAAGGGGCCGAAAGCAUAGACUGCCCUCGUAAGGUCAGGGGAGGGGGCUCGCACAAGACACGUCCAAGGAAAAGCAACGCUUUGACCGCAAGAGGCCCGACGGACGUAUCGCAUGGAAGCAGCCCAGGCUGCUCGAAAGCUCCCAGCAAAGCCGUUCGCUCGAAGCACUUGUUUCCCGUUCUGAGACGCAGGGUGGGCGGGAAGGGCGAUUUUUUUAAUUUUUACUUUUCUUUUCUUUUUUUGCUGCAGAGAAAUUUUAUAAAGCAGGUCCCCGAUCCCCAGUGCCGCCUCAUUGGGUUCUUCUUUCGUUUGAGAUUUUUUCCCCCCCUAAAGCUGUGGUUUUCUUGUGUGUCCAGUGUAUUGUGGGAAAAAAACAUUUUUUUAAAAAAAAACCUGUCAAAAUGGCAAAGGUGAAAAACCAAAAAAAAAAAGUACUUUCACUACAUGAACCGUCAAGCAGUAUUUCUGAGCGAGUAUUUGUUGUGAGUUGUAAACUAUUAUCCACUAAUAACCCUGCUCUUGUGUUCCAUUUUUUUUUAAAAAAAGAAAAUCGACAAAACGAACAAAAAAAAUAAUUGUACAGCUUAAAGCGUCCGUCUCUCAAAGAGACCGUGUAUUUUAUGCUCCUGCCCCUCUCUGCCCCUUGCCUCUUGGUUCGGUUGUAGUGAAGGGAACGGUCUCCUUGCAGAGACGAUGCUGUGCCCGGUUGCUACAGGUAACGUCACCCGGGGCCGCCCCAGAAAGAGCAUCCCUCUGCGAGGUCAAGCCGUGUCCCUCUGUCUCGAGGCCAGGCGCAGGCAAACGGGAGUGGGCAGUUUGGCAUACACUGACCCUCUAUACGUGGCUUCUGCUCCUGUCUCUCUCGACGUCCAUAUGCAUAUUACGGUCCUGUUUUAGAUGUCCUUAUAAGAGAACCCCGUUUUUAAAUGUGCCAAGUUGUAUAUAUCUUACCUCUUUCCCCCCCCUUUUUUUUCAUUUUUUUCCCUUGUUUCGUUUUGCUGAGUGGUUGUAAAGCAAUAUGGUAGCUAAACUCCCAUGUUCUUUCCUGACGGACCAAGCUUGUCCUGCUUGUACAUUCUUGUUAAACUUAUUAUUUUACUCUUCGUUUGGAACAACUACAACAACAAAAAAAACCCAGGCUCAUUCCAUUUAAAUUUUACCUUGAAGAUUUAAAAAAAAAAAUUUAAAGAGAAAAAAAAGAGGGGAGGAAUAAAAAAAAGCCCUUUGAGGAAAAAAAAUAUUUUAUUAAAAACGAAAAAUACAAAUAAGAAAAUAGUUUGGAAUAUUUUCUUACUGUAGAGAAGCAUUGUACAGGAAAACCCCCGAGUAUAAAAUACUCAUGAUGUGUUGUGGGGAAACAGGGGUGGGGUGGAUCGCAUGUCCGAAAACUUCUUGAGUUGCUCCAUUUAGUUCAAAACGGCGGGGGGGUGGGGGGAGAUCAUUGUCUCUAAAUGGUGUUAAACACUAAAAAAAAGGAGUCCUUUUUAAAUAAUAAUAAUAAUGAAAGUGCUGCGCCCAGAAGUGAAACACUAGCUCUGCCAUUUUAUCUUUCUUUUGUUGAAAGACUAAAAAAGAAGAAGAAAAACGGUAUUUUUUAGACAAUCAAAUUCUAGAUCAGUGUGAAUAAUUUGCAUCGUUGGGUUGGUUUCUUUUUCUGUACAUUUUUUUUUUAGUUUUCGGUUUUGUUUCCUUACUGGUGUAGAGAAUUACUGACUUUUUUUUUUCCUUUUGAAAGAUUUGGGGCCGGGAGGGCUGGGGGUUAUUUUGUAUUAACUGGAGAGACUGGCAGCGUUUCACCUGAUCGCUGAUGGAAGCCCAGAUUUUUUUUGGGGGGGGGGGGAAUGGUCACAAGCAAACCGACACCCCAAAAGAAGCACUACGUUUGUUUCAAAUAUAGAUAUGAACUCUUUUUAGUCUGCAUGGGGUUAGGCCGUGUGGUUGCUGAGAAGAAAUGCUGCUAAUAUAUUUCCUUUUUACGAGAGCAUAUCUAAAUAGACCAUUGUUUUGAUGUUAAUCUUUGUAAAUUAUGUAUUACCAAUUUUAACAUUGGAUGUAAUUGCAUAAAAAAAAGCCUGCAUCUCAAAUAUUGACAGAUUCUAGUAUUAAAUGGAAAAAAAAAUGUUUCCUAA